AUGCAGAAGAAAGAGAAAGAUACAUGCAGUAAAGAUGAGACAACAGUGCCAAAACUUCCUGUCCCACCACUGCAACAGACCUUAUGCAGGUACCUACAAUGCAUGAAACACUUGGUGCCAGAGGAGCAAUUUAGAAAGACGAAAGUCAUUGUGGAGCAGUUUGGAAUUGCAGGAGGCUUAGGGGAAUCCUUGCAGCAAAUCCUCGAGGAAAGAAGGGAAAAGACAACAAACUGGGUGUUUAACUACUGGCUGGAUGACAUGUACCUCAACAACCGGCUAGCUCUUCCAGUCAACUCCAGCCCAGCAAUUAUCUUUGCUCGUCAGUAUUUCAAGGAUGUAAAUGAUCAGCUGAG